AAUCUGGUGUUACCGUUCUUGCGUGAUCAGUACUAGUUUCCUGGCUUCACAACUGUUACGCGCAUAGCUUCAUUUCGCAAGUGUUCUUUAUAGAAUUUCCCUCUCAGGAUGGUCCAUCUGCUUCGAGAAAUUGCGUGCGUUGUUCUCGCAACUGCCAUGACGUGUUUACCUCCGGUGUCUUCGCACGGCUAUAUGACAGAACCGCCAGCUCGCUCUUCCAUGUGGACGCUGGGAUACAAUACCCCGGCUAAUUACGAUCAUCAUGCCCUUAACUGUGGUGGUUUGCCACACUUAAUAAAGUUGGAGGGUAAAUGUGGUUUGUGCGGUGAUCCUUUCGACGGACCACGUGAAAACGAGGCUGGUGGAAAGUUUGCCAACGGUAUCAUCACCAGGACGUACGAACAAGGGGAGAUAAUAGAAAUAGUUGUCAAUCUGACGGCUACUCAUGGUGGGUACUUUGAGUUCAAGCUGUGUGCCAACAAUGAUGCCCAUACACCUAUCACACAGGAAUGUCUGGACCAGCAUCUGUUAACAAGGGCAGACAACCCUGGAGAAACACGUUACUCCGAUAUCCCGGAAGGAAGAUACGUUAACGGUCUGCCAACGCCCUAUGUUGCACGCAUAAAAUAUAAGCUACCAGACGAUCUCACAUGUCAGCAGUGUGUUCUACAGUGGAGAUAUAUCACAGCACAUAACCCUGGUUUGCCCUAUCAAGAGGAGUUCUUUGGAUGCUCUGAUAUAUCUAUACGUGGGGCAGGAGUUUCUGUCCCCGCCACUACAAGCAGAAGAACUACAACAACAACAGCAGCAACAACAGCAGUCACAACAACAACUACUACAACAACUACAACCAAAGUACCAACGACAACUUCCACAACAUCAACACCAAUCAGCACGACAGUGGCCACCCAAACGACUUCCCGUAAAACUACUGUUUCGUCUCCUCGAAUUUCCACCACGAAAUCCACAAGAAAGACAUCUACAACGCACCCAACGAUGUUGUCGUUUGACGAAUUAUACCAGCGUUGCCAUGGUAAAGACGUUCUACAGGAAACCUUUACGUCCACGUGUAGAGAUUUGUGCGUUCAACCCUCUGGUUGUCCAAAAACUUUUUGUAACCAGUACUGCGUGUUAUUAGUAGCCCAUGCUACACCAUGAUUGGCACUUCGAUUGUAUCGAUAUGUGCAACUGUGGAUUUCACAGACUUUUACGAAUAAAGUGAAAAAAAACAUAAAUUGCAAAUAUUAGGACGCCAAUUUUUCGUGAUAAACUGUUGAACUAUCACUCAUACAGUUUACCCAUAAUAGUUUGAAUUGCUGAUUAUAAAGAAAACAGAUUUGUUUUCUCAAAACGCCUCGAAACAACCAUAUCAAGGUUUACGAAUAAAUACACGUGUACCUGUUUGUAUAAGUCUUAUGAUAGUGUAAUAAAGUU